CAUUGGACUCGAUACUUGAAUCCUUGGUAAUUGAAAGAACCAGGCUCGUCCCUGUGAGAAAAAGAGCAAGCUCGUCGGACUCGGAACUCGGAAGAAGAAAGGGAGGAUUCUCUCAUUUCCCGAUCAGCCAGCCAGCAGCAGCAGAAGAUUUUGCUUGCACCUCGGUCCAAGUGAGACGGGGGUAACAAUUUUCAAUAAUGUCGGAGAAAGGCGAAAAGGGGUAUCUGAAGAAACCUGGAAAGACUUCGCUCAAGUCUCCGGCUACCAAGGAUGCUCCUCUAAAAGGAAAGGAUGAUAUUUUGUCGAGGCCAAAGAAGGGAAGGAAAGUCCAGUUCGAUGCUCAAGGAACAGGCGAUGCACAGAUCAAUUUUUCAAUGAAAUUCACGGGCAAAAAUGGUGACUUGCCUAAAGGAGGAAAAGGUGCGAAGGCUUCUGUUGCAAAGGAACCACAACCGCUAGAAUUGAAGAUUGAGCAAGAACUUCCCAAGAAUGUUAAAUGCCAAUGCCUUAUGGACUGUGAGGCUGCACAACUUUUACAGGGAAUCCAAGAUCAGAUGGUUCUAUUAUCAGCAGAUCCAACAAUAAAAAUCCCUACGUCAUUUGACAGGGGACUGCUGUAUGCUAAAAGAGCCAAUCAUUAUGUAAAUACCGAGUCAGUUAGACCAGUUCUUGAAACCCUCAAGCAACAUGGUGUAACGGACAGUGAGAUAUGUGUGAUUGCUAAUGUCUGCCCAGACACCAUUGAUGAGGUUUUUGCUCUUCUUCCAUCCUUGAAGAGCAAAAAAGGCAAGCUAACUGAACCUCUCAACAAUGUCUUGAGCGAGCUAGCCAAGGUUAAAUCAUCCUGAAGUCACAAAGAUGGGUUGCUUGCUGUUGCUGGAGCUGAGGUCCCGUUUCUUUCUCCCCUUAUGAAGAUUGUUUUAUGGGGUUUUGAAAAUUAGGACCUUUUUUUUUGUUUUUGUUUAAUGGCAUACAGUAGAUAUUAAAUCAGGGAGAUCUAAAUAUUUUAGCCCUUAGGUUGUUGCAGUCUGCUAGAUUGGAAUCUUUUGUUCUUAAAGAUCUGUAUUUGCUACUGGAAUUGUUGAUUCAGUGUAGAAAUGUGGGUACUGUACGUUGCUGAGAUGCCUCUCCCAGUUGAAUCAACUCUGAUGAAGUGAAAACCAAACUACAAAACCACUAUUAAUUUGAUGUAAAUGUUUUAAGGGAGUAA